GUGGCUGUUACUGACCCCUGAGUCCGUGGCUCCACCAGGAAUCAGGGCCAGGUGGGCUUGGGGAGCAGUUGCCUGGGACGCACUGAAGAGUAAGACCUGCCCUGUCCUGGGGGCUCACUCCCUGGCGGGAGGUAGGACCCAUGGAGGUCAGGGACUGCUCCUAGAGGAGGUGCCCCUCUAAGAUCAGGGUGUCAGCUUGGUCAGAGCUGGCCAGGUGGGGACAGUGUCCUGGGAGAGCCUGGGGUGGGGGGUGGGGUCUGGCUGGGGUGUGGCUCGUGUCUGUGGUGGGCCCUGUGGUCCCUCGGUGAGCCUGAGUCCACUCUGGGGUCAGCCCCAGGUCCAGUGCUGCUCCAGCCUGCCCUCCUCCUGGCUGCCAGCCCCCCCCCCCGGCCCACACUCACCCCCCCCCUACAGCAUUGUUCUCUGCCAGCCGGAAGUCUUCUGACCCUGUCCUGCCAAAACCCCCCCCCCCAACACUGUUUCUCUGUUUUCCUGUUUUUCCUUUUGAACAAAUCUGACGGAAGCAGAUGUGGUGCAGGACAAGUGGGCCUGAGGCCCAGCCCUCUGGCUGUGCCCAGCGCACCCCAGUCCUUGCCGCUCUCAGGGUUCCUCCUGCUACAGCCCCUCCCAGGGGGGCCUGCUUUGUGAACUGGUGCCCGGGAAGCAGGAAGGGAGGCCCCUGCCUCUCCUGGAGGAGCCAUAAAGAUGACCACAGCAGAGGCCCCUACCCUGUCUUCACUGAAGAGCCAGCCCCAGCCUUUGGCUAAGCAGGCCCCGGGGCUAACGGGACUGGAGCCGCCGCCCAGUGGGGCGCGGAGCACCUCCUGGCCCUGGGUUCCAGCCCUUUUCUCUGGGGCCCGGCCCGCCCCGACUGGAACAUUGGUAACCCCAUCCCCUCAUCUGGCUGCUCCUGGACAGUAGUCCAGGUGGCCUGGGAUUCGCCAGGGCAGGGGCAGCCGGAUGGGAGGCCGUGCCCUCGCCCACCUGCCGCAGCCGCAGCUCUUCACCUGUCGGUGCACCCUUGGUUCUGGGGACGAUGCCGCCUGCUCGCAGUGUCCGAGAUCAACAUAGAGUCGUCUACCAUGUGUCUCCGUGCAUUUUGAAAUUUAUUCCUGCCCACUCGUGAGAUGUAAAAGUCUGAGAGCGCUAGGCACCUGGCCCCGCCCCAGAGUGGGCAUGCCGAGGCCCAGGAACGCCCCCUCCGCGACGGGCAGCUUUGGAAGCUGGAGCAGGGCAGGGGCCGGCUCCCGGGCCUCAGGGUCAAGUACGUCUUCUUGGUCUGGCUGGGCGUCUCUGUGGGCAGCUGGAUGGUGUACGUGCACUACUCGUCCCACGCGGAGCUCUGCCGUGGGCACGUCUGCCAGGUGGUUAUCUGUGACCAGUACCGCAAGGGCAUCAUCUCCGGCUCCAUCUGCCAGGACCUGUGCAACCUGCACAAGGUAGAGUGGAGGACGUGCCUGUCCUCUGUCCCAGGCCAGCAGGUGUACAGUGGGCUGUGGCAGGGCAAGGAGGUGACCAUUAAGUGUGGCAUCGAGGAGGGCCUGGACCCCAAGGCCAGGUCGGACCCGGCCCCCCGGCAGGAGCUGGUGCUGUUCGACAAGCCCACUCGGGGCACCUCAAUUAAGGAGUUCCGAGAGAUGACCCUCAGCUUUCUCAAGGCGAACCUGGGAGACCUGCCCUCCCUGCCCGCGCUGGUUGGGCAGGUCCUGCUCAUGGCCGACUUCAACAAGGACAGCAGGGUGUCCCUGGCCGAGGCCAAGUCGGUGUGGGCCCUGCUCCAGCGGAAUGAGUUCCUGCUGCUGCUGUCCCUCCAGGAGGAGCACGCGUCCCGGCUGCUGGGCUCCUGCGGGGACCUCUAUGUCACUGAGGGGGUCCCACACGGUUCCUGGCACGGGGCCGCUCUCCCGCCCCUCCUGCGCCCACUGCUGCCCCCCGCCCUGCACACAGCCCUGCAGCGGUGGCUGGGGCCCGCGUGGCCCUGGAGGGCCAAGAUCGCCAUCGGCCUGCUGGAGUUUGUGGAGGAGCUCUUCCACGGCGCCUACGGGACCUUCUACAUGUGCGAGACCACGCUGGCCAACGUGGGCUACACCGCCAAGUAUGACUUCAAGAUGGCCGACCUGCAGCAGGUGGCGCCCGAGGCCACGGUGCGCCGCUUCCUGCAGGGCCGCCACUGCGAGCGCAGCUCGGACUGCACCUACGGCCGGGACUGCAGGGCCCCCUGUGACAAGCUCAUGAGACAGUGCAAGGGCGACCUCAUCCAGCCCAACCUGGCCAAGGUGUGCGAGCUGCUACGGGACUACCUGCUGCCCGGCGCCCCUGCCGACCUGCGCGAGGAGCUGGGCAAGCAGCUGCGCACCUGCACGACGCUGAGCGGGCUGGCCAGCCAGGUGGAGGCCCACCACUCACUGGUGCUGAGCCACCUCAAGACCCUGCUCUGGAAGAAGAUCUCCAACACCAAGUACUCGUGAUGGCUGGCUCCCAGCCCCCCACCCUGUCCCCACUCCCAGGGAGCUGCCUGGGGCCCCAGAGAGCCACUCCCGCCCUUGGGUCUCCCUCCCUCUUCACCCUACCACCCCGCAAAGGACAGGACCCAGGAGCUGGAGGCCUGGCCUGCAUCCACCCGCAACAAGCCAGGGAAGGGGGUCCUUCCCUCUGCCCCAGAUGCCAACAACCCAGACGGGGGAGCCGCAUAGCUGGAAGGGGGGGCAGGAAGGAGCACCUGGAGCCUGACCACAAGGGCUGGCUGAAGGACUCACCCGGGACUUUGUUACUUUGAAGAACGUGUGAUGUAAAUAAACAGCUUUUCUGUGAGUG